AUGAAGUUCCUGAAUGCUAAGUAUUGUAAGGGCCUUCAUCCCUGCCAAAUUUCUGCGACUACUUUGGGUUCCGUAACUUGGAAGCGAAUGUUGGAUAUUCGAGGGUUGGCAGAGUUGUUUAUUGGGUGGAGCCUGCACAAGGGUCAUUGUAGCUUCUGGUAUGAUAAUUGGACAAGACAUGGGGCUUUAUAUCUAAGGAUAGGAGUGCGGGAGGACGUGUUGAUUUUGUCUGUUAUGAAGGAUAUGGAUUGGGUCCCGUCGAAGCUGGCCGAAGUCCUGCCUAGUGAAUUGGUUCAGCAGGAAUUAUUGGUGGCAGGGCCGGAUGGGGCCUCCCAUGAUCGAAUGCUUUGGCAAGCGUCAAGCUCAGGUCAUUUUUCUAUAUCGUCUGCAUAUAGAGAGAUUCGAGAGGUGAAGCACUUGUCUUACUUAUUUCACCAAAUAUGGCAUUUGAGCAUCCCCUUAAAGGUGUCAUUCUUUAUGCUUCGUUUAUUGUCUAAUUGCCUUCCCUUGGAUGAUGUGUUGACAGAACGUGGGUUUCAGCUUCCUUCCAAUGCUCCUGUUGUCUCGUUUCGAAAGGCUAGGUGCACAGCGGUUUUCCAGGGGUCCAUACAGCGACCAAAAGAGGUGUGUCAGGCCAUAUUCCAAGAGUUGAAGUCUAUUUUCUUGCUCAAAUUCGGAGAGAUACAUCGGGAGGUAGAUUGGCCUAAGUUCUUGGAAUCGAUUGAAGGAAGGCCAGAUGCAUUCCUCGUGCAUCAAAUUCGGUGGCUCCCUCCAUGGGCCGGUGGGGUCAAGCUCAAUAUUGAUGGGUGUUCAAAGGGUAACCCUAGGGUUAGUGAAGGAGGUGGGAUCCUUCGAAACUCUACGGGCAGUAUGCGCAUUCUUCUAAAGCAUUGCCAGAGUCCAUGGUCCAUCAAUGGUGAGGUGGGGAAGAUUGAGUUACUAGCUGGGGGAAGUUGUCAGUUCACACACUCUUAUAGAGAAGCAAAUAAGGUUGCGGAUGUAAUGGCGAAUGUUGGUUUGGCACAUCAUCAGCAUGUGGUUUAUGUCUAUGAGGGUAUUAAGGAUUUACCCAAAUUGGCUAGGGGUGCAUACCGAUUGGAUAGGCUAGGCUUUCCUUCCUUUGGUAGGUUUAGGGUUACAGGUGCCACGCCCUAA